GCCGAUUUGAACUCCGUUGAACGCCGAGUCCGAACUCUUCCCUCUUAUUUACUUCUCCAAUCACGAAUCUACGACUCUUCUUCUCCAUAUACAUAAUCGUCUUACAACUUAAUCACAAUGGCCACCUCCAUCAAGUCUAUCCGAGCUCUUGCUCCCCUCCUUGACCGUGUCCUCGUCCAGCGCAUCAAGGCUGAGACUAAGACCGCCAGCGGCAUCUUCCUGCCCGAGUCCAGCGUCGAGAAGCUCAACGAGGCCAAGGUCCUUGCAGUUGGCCCCGGUGCCCUCGACAAGAAGGGCAACCGUCUACCCAUGGGCGUCACCGUCGGUGACCGUGUCCUGAUCCCCCAAUUCGGUGGCUCUCCCGUCAAGGCCGGCGAGGAGGAGUUCCAGCUCUUCCGCGACAGCGAGAUCCUGGCCAAGAUCAACGAAUAAGAUACCCAUAUAUCAAAUCAAAUCAAACAAUAACCAGCCUGUAUCAUACUGUACCAUAUCGCAAGCGGCGAACGUGAGAGAUGAGACUCUACUGAAGUUGCUUGAGAAGGGGAAGAGAGCGGAGUUGAUUGUAAUGUAGGCGCAAAAAGACGACAGACCAAUUAUGCAAGAAGAUGUGCAUGCGAUUUGUAUGAGUGUGCGUAGGAAAAAGAAAAAUGGUGCUGAUGUGUUGGGUUGGUCGCGCAAGACAGAAUCAAAUCUCCACUCCUUACCCUUUCAAUAUCAUGAUUUACAUCGUUUUGCUGUG